AAUUUAUUGCUCACUUUCCGUUCAAUUGCCGAGCCCAGCGGACAUCGAAGCGCUCACUUGGCCGCCAUCUGCAGCUGCUCCUCCGCCGCCGCCGCCUCCUGAGAAGCGCCGAGCUACGUGUUCGAGACACCAAUCUGUGCAGCAGUUUAAAUAGCGUUCAGCGUGCCGCAUUCGACGAUCAGUUAAGUUCGAACGCGCGCGGCAUACCGGUUGCAGUUAUCCGUUCGGUUUCGGCUCGUUCGUUCGUUCCUUCGUGUGUGUGGUGUGGUGCUCGCUCGUCAGUGUCGAGGUAGGAAAGUGCAAGCCACUACAACGGCUACAGCGGUGCAACGCAUUCUGAAACUGUUGAUGCAACGCCAGCAGAAACUGCUGCGGCAAUUGUUCCAACUGACUGCAUUGGCAAGACGUUAAGCAUACGCACAGGUGUACAGGUGUACAGGUGUACAGGUGCCAGUUACUCCAGUGAAACGUGAGACAAGUGAAAAGUGUGUGUGUGUGCAAAGUGGAGCAUAAUUCAGGUAGCGGCGGGCCAUUGACAAGCUCCAUCCUGGGUAAUCUGUGGUUAAUCGUGAAAGAUUACCUCUUUGCCAAAAUGGGUCCUCCGAAUGUGACGGCCUCCGUGCACGGCAGCGAGCUGCCACCGAAGACCACGGAACGCAGCGACGCACCCGUGGAGCUCACCGGCUACCGCAAGUGGCUCAGCGAUAAUCUGAUGCUGCUGGUGACCCUCUCCGGAGUGCUGCUGGGAGUCGUCAUGGGCCUCUCGCUGCGUCCGUUGCAUCUGCACGGGGACUCCAUCAUGCUGAUCUCGUAUCCGGGGGAGCUUUUCAUGCGUGUGCUCAAGCUGAUGAUCCUGCCGCUGGUCAUCUCCAGCCUGAUUGCCGGCUCCGCCAGCCUCAAUGCCAAGAUGAACGGCAAGAUCGCCCUGCGCACGCUCGUCUACUUCGCCAGCACCUCGUUCUUCAACGCCGCCCUGGGCAUUGCCCUCGUGCUGCUCAUUCAUCCCGGCAAUCCGGAUAUGCACAACAACGACGACCGUUCGACGGACAAGCGGACCGUGAAUCUACUGGACAGCCUCCUCGAUUUGGGCAGAAACAUAUUUCCGGACAACCUGUUCCAGGCGUCUAUCCAGCAGGCCCACACCGUCUACCUGCCCAAGCCGAACAUCCUGCACGCCUUCAACGAGACGCUGAACGACACGGCCAUCCUGCUGUCCGGCGGAGUGGAGGCGCAGCGCCAGGCCGAUGAGCUGGACGAAGUGGUGCUCGUGCGGGACGUGCAAUACCGGAGCGGUACGAACACCCUGGGCAUUGUGUUCUUCUGCCUGGUGUUUGGCACCUUCCUGGGCACCAUUGGCCAGAAGGGGCAGGUCGUUGUCGACUUUUUCUCGGCCAUUUUCGAGGUGAUCAUGAAAAUGGUGACAUGCGUGAUGUGGCUGACACCGGUGGGGAUUAGCUCGGUGAUCGCUGGCAAGAUACUGAGCGUGGACGACCUGGGCCUGGUGAUGUCGCAGCUCAUCUGGUUCAUCUUUACGGUGGCGAUCGGCGUGUUCUUCUACCAGUUCGUGGUGAUGCAGGCCAUCUACUUUGUGAUCGUGCGCCGCAAUCCCUUCAAGUUCUACGCGGGCUUAAUCCAGGCAAUGCUCACCGCCUUUGCCACCGCCUCAACCGCUGCUGCCCUGCCCAUCACAUUCCGCUGCAUGAACGAGAAGCUGCGCGUGGACCCGCGCAUCACCCGCUUCGUUCUGCCCAUUGGAUGCAACAUCAACAUGGACGGCACCGCUCUCUACAUCGCGGUGGCAUCGAUCUUCAUCGCCCAGAUGAGCGGCAUGGUGCUGGGCUUCGGAGAGCUGCUCACCGUGCUGCUCACCUCCACGGCCGCGUCCAUGAGCUCGGCCAGUGUGCCGAGCGCUGCUCUGGUGCUGCUCCUGGUGGUGCUCACCGCCAUCGAUGCCCCUGUCCAGGAUGUGACGCUCCUCUUUGCCGUCGACUGGUUUGUCGAUCGCAUUCGGACGACCAACAACAUGCUGGGCGACUGCUACACCGCCGCCAUCGUUGAGGAGCUGUCACGCAAGGAGCUAAUGGCUCUGGAUGCUGCCGCCGUCAAUUAUCAGGACAUGCCCGCUGGCACGCCCAAUGGACACAGCGAGGGCAUGCUCGAGGGACAGACCGAACUAAUAACCGACUCGGUGGUGGUGGACAUGAGUGCUGUGAUGAAUAACGUCAGUCUGCAGCAGGAGCACAGCAAUCGCAGGGUCUAAGCAGGGUCCCCCCACCCCGGCCAGUUCGUCAGUUCCGUAGCAGACAGCAGCAAAAUUCCACCACCAACACCACCACCUACCAAGAUAGACCAAAUAGUGUUCCCCCGCAAAGCAAAAGCUGUUUUGAUAUUAUGUAGAUCUGAACAACUGAACAACCAACCACCAGUUAUAUAGAUACAGAUGGAUAUCGAUCUGUGAGGAGACUGUCGCAUGAGUGACGAACCCGGAAACCCACCCGAUUAUUAUGUAGAAUUUCGAGGUACUUUUUUGGACUCGAAGAGAACUCGAACACAUUGCAUACUACGUGGCCGCCUUUGAUUGAGGGAGGGGCUGCUCCUCCGAACACACCACACAUACAAUAUAUAUAUCGAAUAUGUAUAUCGAAUAUUCUCACAGCUAGUAGUCAUGCUCGUACGAGUAAUAAACAAAUAUAUAUCACACGCAGCAGCAGCAGCAGCAGCACAUACAUUCGGACUAUGUAGCAAAAGCGCAGGAUUCUCUAUGGGUAUUAUUUUGUAAGGCCAUCGAUUUGUGGAACUGAUUUCUGUGUUACGUUGUUGCUUAUUUCUACGAUUAUUAUACUUAUAUUGUGUAUGUGUCAUGUGUCAGGUGUGUGUGUGUGUGUGUUUCUGGUGCAUGCACCAACGAAUGCGAAGGUUGUACUACUACAAGAAGCUGGAUCCUAGGUUUAGUUCUAGUUCUAGUUUUAGUUUGUCAAUUUGUUGAUCUGCUGAUCAGCGUAUAUGUUUUGGAGUCUAACCCAUUUCACGAUUUACCAAUCACCAAUUACCGAUUACCAACUAGCGAUUACCGAUUAUCACACAUGCAUUCGUAGACUGAUAGCAGACUUAGUUCGAUAGCGAUAAUAGCGAUAACAAAUAAACAAACAAAACAAAAUGGCAAAAAUAUAUAUAAAAUAUAUAUCUGCAUACGUAUACGCGCAGGCAAAAAACAAUUACUAACCAAAUAUCCAACAUUCGAUUUGUACGCAAACCGCAGAAUACAACAACAAUAAAAAGUUAUUAUACUUA